ACGCCGCUGCCGCAAGAGCUAACAGAUUUAGCUCGCUAACGUUCUGAGCGUCAACGUGUAAGUAAAAUAACCAGCAUUAACACAGCUAACCAGAGGGAUUAUUUUACUCACCACAGUCCUAUAACAGUCAGUGUCCUCUUCUCAUUUCACAUAUAAAUACUUCUUUCAAGCGAAAUUACACAGCUUCAUUCCCAGUAGAAGGUUUAUUUGCUGUCAGACUGGCUAACCUUCUGUUUGUAUCCUGAAUCAGUAAAGGCGAAAGGUUAUCGCAUAUGAAGGAGCACUUCCGGUAAACCUUUCAAAGUAAAAGCCCUUUGAACAGAGCUGCAGCGUUUGACAUAAAACCUAAUGGCAAUAUCGCUCGCUACCCUAUCCUGGAUUUUUAAACCUGUUUCACAACACACACACUAAAACUCUCGUGUAUUGUUACUAACUUGAUUACGCUUAAUAUCUGUUUUAGAAAUAGAAAAAAAUAAGGCUGUCAAUACUGAUAAGUAGGACUUUGUAGCUUUCAUCUGCCACACAGAUUAGUAGGGGAGAGUGGGGUAAGAUGAGCCAUUUUUCAUAUUUCGGAUCACUACAUCAAGGCAAUCAUAGUUUUGUCUCUAACUAGUGUAUCUGCAUAUAUUUCAAGAUGUUGUGCAUCCCUGCAAACCAACAGAAUGAGUGUAAACAUAACUGUCAUGAUAAUAUAGCAUGCCAAAAAAAGUGGUCUCCUAUGGUCAACUUUGUAAAGACAUUUUAACAUGAGAAUGCCUUUAAGUGAUUCAGAACAUUCACAGCUUUUUUAUAAGGAUAUGUGGCUCAACUUACCCCAGAACUACUAUUAUGACUUAAGUAGUCCUCUAAGCUAAAAUGGUCGACUGUUGUUCUAGGUUUUUGACCUCAUGUUGUAGCUCAUAGAUACCACAAAUGAUGUAUCAAACAAAUUUAAAAUAAUCUUUUUUGGUCUGAACACAAUUCUAAUCAAACUUAUAACAGACUAAAUUCACUUUCAAGAGUGAAAAAACAUUUGUUUUUUUCUUUAAAUAAAUGUCUAACCCCUUCACCCAUGUGCUUCUAACCUUCACAGACGCCAUGAAUUGAUGCCCAUCUCCUAAAUAUUUGGUCACAUGAUCAAUUUCUUUUACCAUUUCAAGCAACAGGGGGUGGCUCAACUUAUCCUACUCUCCCCUAUGCCGAAAAUGUCAUGCAUCCCACUUAAGCUUUCAUGGUAUCAGACAGGCUAUUUAAUGCAGUUUAAUGUGUAAAUACACAAGUCCAUUAGGAAUGCGGGUGAUUCCCAGGAAAGGCUGCAGAAAUACGCUAAUAUCAGAGGAGUAAAAUCCAUGUUAGAGCCCAUAAACUACUUCAUAUGGAACCGCACUUCUGCACUUGAAAGGACCUCUCUGUGGGUCUGUGAGUGCAUAGACUGGGAUUGUGUAAUCUUGCCAGUAUAUUCAAAUGCAGUUGGGGAACAAUUUGUUUCUCUUCCUGCUUACUUGCAUACACUUUACAUACACGUGGUUAUUAUCAGUAUUAUUCAAACAUACUUUUGGUUUUGAUUUCACAGGGUACAAGUCAACAUAGUAGGUCGCAUUUAAGACUACGAUUGUUUAGGUUGACUAUUCGUAGGGUUUGCUCCUAUUUAGAAAUUGCAUACUGCAGGAACAACAUAAUAUUAGUACUGACUUGACUAGCACUUCCACUAAUACUUCCUUUUUUAUUUUGAAGUUUGAAGUAUGACACUUUGUGCUUACUUUAACCGCCGGUGUCUCUCCGGUUUCUCGUUGCAGUUUACAAAUACCUUUCAGCAGAGGGGGCGGAGACAAGUAUGUGUUAGCAGGCAGCAGCCAAUCAAUGAGUCAAGAAUGCAUCCAACCCCUGAGCUCCCCUUAGUUUGCAGAGUUCAACCAUUGACUGCACACACCAAGGUUGAAACACUGAAGCCUACAUUAGCAGGUUUGUUUUGCAAAAGCUUGAAACACGUUAGAGCACUUUAAGAAAAUGAAGAAAUUUACGGUCAAAGAGUGUUUCCUACAUAUUCUAUUCAUUAAGUCCUAAGUGUCCAACCUGUCACAAUGGUGCAGUUAUAGUAAGGGAGAGUGGGGUAAGUUGAGCCACCCCCUGUUGCUUGGAAAUGGUAAAAGAAAUUGAUCAUGUGACCAAAUAUUUAGGAGAUGGGCAUCAAUUCAUGGAGUCUGUGAAGGUUAGAAGCACGUGGUUGAAGGGGUUAGACAUUUAUUUCCUAAAAACAUUUUUCACUCUUGUUUUUUAAUCUUUUAUAUUACAUCAGAUUUAACUGCAGUUUCAUUGUACAAGUGAUUGAUGACAAAAUGCAGUUUAGCAUCCACCCACAAGUGCAAACAAGCUUAAGGUGCAGAGUAAAGUGCAUAACACCAAUAGAAAGAUACAGGAAAACAGAGCACAGUACAGUAAUGUGCAGAGAUCAGAAGUAAGAAUGGCAAAAGAGUUACUGUGUUCAGAACUGAUGGCUGGGACACAAAUGUGUCUACAGGUUACAGGUUUAUAAAUAUGUUAUUUCACAAAGGUAUGUGCAGCAGUGUAAACAUGUUUUAAAAUUAAAAGUAUUUCAUAUGGCGGGUAUUUAAAGUGUGUAUAGUAGAUUGUGCAGGUAAGUUUAUUGCACUGAUAGUGAACAGUCUUUAGGGUUGGAGGAGAGUGUGUCUGUGGUGGAGGUUAAUGUGGUUGGGAAUAAAGCAAAGUGACAGCUGUAGAGUACAAGCUGAUCCUCAACCUGCUGGUUUCUGGAGAUAGAAACCAGUGGCGCCCUCCAGAGGGGAGAAGGGGAAACAGUCUGUGGUUGGUGUGCUUUUCUUAGGCAAUGUUUCCUUGUAGGUCGACUUAUCAUCAUCAUCAUCAUCAUCAUAAUCAUCAUUAUCAGGCCAACCAGAGAUUGAUGCGCAGUCAAAGGUGAAGAGGGAGUUAAGGAGAGGGCCUAACAUACUGCCUUGGGGGACACCAGAACUAGGUAUGAGGAUGGGAGAGGUUUGAUCAUCUAACCUGAUGAGUUAGGGGUCUGUUGGUUGGAAAGUCCAGUAUCUAGUUACAGAGAAAAGUGUUGAUGCCCAGAUGUCUGUCGGUUUUAAGAUAAACAAGGACUGGCCUCUUUUGGAACAUUACAAUACUCAACAGGCUAUGUGUGACGCAAACAGUAAGAACACUGCAAGAAAUCUUUUAUCCAGCUACUUAAAAGAGGUUUUUGUGCUGUCUGCAGAGCUGGAAAACAUCCUGGUAUUUGUACAUUCAGGACCCUGACCAGAUGUACUGCACACAGGGGUUCACAACAUUUUAUACAGAAUCAAGAAUGUGAAGAGCUAUUGAAAGAAAUUAGAUACAUGUUCAAUAAAUUAGUUGGAAACAGAAACCCUAAAAGGACACGCUUAAAUGUAUUUUUUCUUUCUUAGGUCGGUUGUGAUAAUGAGCUCAUUUCAGUUGUUUUUCCCAGUUUCCUGUUCAUUUUCUCAAAUAUACAAAAUUUUAAAAAGCUGUUAAAAUUAGUGUAAAAUCAAAAAAAUUGAAACUGUCAAUGAACAUAUAAGUUUAAAAAAUUUGAAAAAAAUUGAAUUGAAAAAAACAAAUAUACAUUCAUUUGAGCCAUUUAACCAACCUAACUUCCAUUCGCCCAGAGAUCAGACAGAGAUGAAACCAGUCUUAUAUGUGUGCUGUCUUUCCAAGCACACAAUAACUCUUGUUCAGAGGAGCAGUGUGGCCGCCUAUGAACGAGACAAAGGCUCUCUGUGAGUGUGUGUGCCUGUGUGACCUUAGCAACACUGUGAAACUGUCAUCAGUCAGAGCAGCGACACUGAAAUACCUCCAACAGGACCUCCAGCUUCUGGUUUGGCUUUGGGAUAUUUAACAACUUGAUAAUUAUACCAGACUCUUGGAAUCAUCUUUUUCUGUUAUUCCUUUUUUCACUGGAUAUUUCUGAGGUUAUGUGCGUAUUUAUGAUGGAGAAUUAAGAUGGUGAGGAAGAAAAAGCUGCUGGUGUUCGGGCAAGUAUACCUCUUCUUUAUAUAUUCUAUACAUUGCAACUGUUUUAACCAUUGACUCGCAUUUGAGAGUUUGUCUAGCCUAUUUAAAAUCAAUCCAAUCUUACAACACUGUGUAAAAUAGACUUAUAAGAUGUCUAAAUUUAACGUCAUAUAUUAUUUCUAUUCAUAUUUUUGUUUAUUUACUGGCAGAUGGUUUUCGGAGAGCAUUGUGGCACAUUUGUACCAAAAUGAAAAAGACAUUAUGUGUACUUUUUUCAUUUUAGUAGCACCUCAGUGACCCCUCUGAUGAAGUCUUGUGGUAAAAUAAUAUGUGGCUUUCUUUUUUCAUCAUGGCUUCACCUCCAUACAUUGUUAAUGAGAUGGAUACACUAAUUGCUCUCCUGGUCAGAUAUAAAUUACAUCCCGGACAUGUGUCACUUUGAGUUUGAUCCUUAGCUUUAGUGUAUAUACAUAGUUAUAUACAUAGCAUUCUCAUCUUGCCUCAGAUGGUUUAAAGUCCUUUAUUUUCACAUGUAACUAAUGCAAGUUGUGACAGUGAUUUGAAUGAAAUAGUUUGGGAUGUUUAUUUUCUAUGUCAGACAACCUGGGCUCAAACUAUUUUUUUCUGUCAGCUUCCUCAUUGUGUUGAUGCUAUUGUGGCAGCACAGGUGCUUGUGUUUGUGUGUAUUGUUUGUGUGUUAGCUGGUGUGUAUUGUCUGUGUGUGUAUGUAUGGAUUCCCUUUACAUUGUACAAUCCUAUCCAGCAUUCUCUUUUUCUGGGAAUUUAGUUUUCUUUGCUUUGUGAUUUCCUGUCUCAAUUUCAGUAGAACAAAAUAAAUAAAAAAACAAGACUCAUUUUCUUCAAGCUGUAAUAUUCAUAUCCAUCUAUUUGUCCACUGGUUAAAGGUAGUAUUGCUGUUCUUAUUUUAUUUUUUCUCUUUUACUUUUAGACUUUGUGGAAGCAUGAUGUGGGAUGGAUAAACAACAACAAAACUCUACUGUAAGUUGACAUGAGCCCGUUAGUGUGGUCUGAAAUUUGACUGUUUAAAUAGGGUAAAGUUGAAGUUUGAAUGACCCUGUUGACCUAAAAAUAAAAGUGAUAUGGUGAUAACUCAUUUCAAAAGUUUCAUUACAGUCAAUUAAAAUAUUCAAACAAUACAAACUUCAAAGUCUUUAUAAAAAAAUGAAGAUGUGAUUAAAUUUUAGUUUAAGGCCUGCAUUUUAGCUUUAGUCGUGUUGUGACUAUGACGUGGUAUAAAAUGCUAUGACAAUGUCUUUACUCUCUCUUUCUUUCUGUGCGUGUGUGUGUGUGCAGAUGGCCUCUAAUGACCCUGACCUUUCUGACCCCUCUGGUGACCCCCAGCCUGGUGACCUCAUUGAGAUCUUCAGACCGGCCUAUCAGCACUGGGCUCUUUACCUGGGAGAUGGUUACAUCAUCAACUUGACUCCUGUUGGUCAGUAGAAAACUGCUGUGAAAAAGUUAAACCAGCUAAAGAGAGCUAAAAAAGGCAGAAAAGUGAUAUCUCAGAAAACAUAGUAUCUAUGAUAAUGAUAUUCGAUCUAAAGUACUUGAAACUUGUGCUUGUCCUGCCCCAGUGGAUCCUGUUUUAAAAUUUGUUUCUCUGUUUAAAAAGUGAUCUGUGUUUGAUCAACUACAACAUGAUGAUGGUGUGCUUCUUUUUUUUUCUCCUGACUCUAACAUGCCACACAAUAAUCACAGAACAUUAUUGGUUUACUUCAUAGCCAGUUUUUGUGCCCUCUUUAUGUUCUUUUCCCAAAAUCAAGAGAUUGCAGACCAAGAUCCAUGAAUGCUCACUUUUUAUUUUAUAUACUCUACCUCCAGAUGAGAGCCAGGCAGCUGCCAUGUCCAGCGUGAAGUCUGUCUUCAGCCGGAAAGCGGUGGUACGCAUGCAAUUGCUGAAGGAAGUGGUGGGAAGCGACUCAUACCGGGUCAACAACAAGUAUGACCACAACCACACUCCCCUGCCUGUCUCUGAGAUCAUUCAGCGAGCACAGGUCCUCAUUGGCCAGGAGGUGUCCUACGACCUGCUUGGGAGCAACUGCGAGCACUUUGUUACCCUCCUGCGCUAUGGGGAGGGGGUGUCCGAGCAGGUCUCACACUAUUUGUUUUGUUUCUGUCUCAUGUGCCAUCAGGGCAUAACACAUACUUUGAAGUCAAAAUAACACAGUGAGUGACCACAGAAGUCACCACGGUCAAAGCGUUACUGUAAAUGAUACUUUCAGAUCAGAAAAGGGCAUUUCAAAGACUUUUUGCCAUAUUGGCAAAUAACAAUAAACCCUAAUACAAAUAAAUGCAACAGUAUUUACAUAAAAUAGCCUGUGCUAAUUUCUGGACUGCAUAUUGUUUCUACAUGAUGAUGUCAGCUUUAUCAUUUGCUGGUUGCCACUUAAAUUUGAUCGUUUGCAUACAGGUUUUUUACAAACAAGGCUUAGCUGAACAAGAAUGCUGGUCUCUUUGUCUGAAGUGUUAGAUACUGGUGCUGGUUUGAGCCUUUUCUUGCCAACAUGAGGUGAUUUGUUUUUGCUUAACUUGAACUGGAGUCUUCAAAUUUUUUCUCAGCUUGUAAUUUGAGCAAAAAAGGGACUAAUCUGUAGGUAUUACAUUUUACAAUCACUGGAAGUGAGUGACCUGUUUGAUUUUGGUUUAGAGGAGGCUGUUACUACCUUGGUUUUAAACUUAAUCAAGAUUUUACUUUCCAAACACUAUCACUGUGACCUUGUUAUUUUUUUCCCCCUUGAGAUUCUUUCCUGGGUUGUUCAUGUGUCUGUCUCCUCCCAUAAGAAACAGAAUACUGCUUGAGAUUUUGUCAAAAAGACUGUAUGCGCUUUGUACUGACCUCUCCUGUUUGUUCUCAGUAAUCCUCUGUCUUCUUCUUCUUUGUCUUCACAGGCUACACGGGCCAUUGGGGCCAUUAGUUUGGUGACGGCAGCAGCCAGCGCCUUCUCUGUCCUGGGACUGAUCAACACAAGAUCCAGAAACAGGCCUUUCUGACAGCUGUAUUUCCUCCCAACAUUCAUGCGGCUGUGAUUGAAAAAAAUAAAUAAACAGAAAGACAUUUAAAAAAAUGA